AUGAAUUAACAUAAAAUGAUUGAAAAAGAAGUAUCAACUAUUAUGUUUAAUUAAUCACCAAAUUUUAAUCAAAAAGUAUUACAAAUAAUGAUUUCAACUUGUAAAGAGGAAAUUAAGAUAUGGACCUCUAACAAGGGCACAGAAGAUGUAAAUUGCUUGGCGUAUAGUAAAUUCACUCAUGUCUUAUAUCUGGUUCUGAUGAUUAAACUAUUAGACUUUGGAAGUAAUAGAAUGGAGCUCAUUGGAGUAGUAGAUAAGAAUAUAAAUAGCAUAAAGGAUAUGUAUAAUGUAAAUUUUUAGGUAACACUGAAUCUGAACUUCUUUCUGGAGAAACUGAUAAGUCAAUUAAAGUUUGGAGAGUAAUUUAGACAAAAAUGA